AUGUCAAUAUCUGUAUCUGUAUUGACAUUAAUGGCUAUUUCAAUUGAACGUUAUCAAGCUAUUGUUCAUCCAUUAAAAUUUAGUGGAACAAAACAACGUGGACGAAUAUUAAUUAUUUCUGUUUGGAUACUUUCAUUAUUACUUGUUCUUCCAGAUGCUUUUAUGAUGACACUAAGUCGACAAUAUGAAGAUCGAUUACCAAACUAUUUAACAUAUUGUCAAUGGGAUGCACAUCCAUUACUUGAUCUUCUUUAUCAAUUACAUAUAUCACUUUUUUUAUUUGUUAUUCCACUUUGUUUAAUGGUAUAUGCAUAUACAGGUAUUGCACGUGUUCUUUGGGGUUCAUUACCAAGUGAAAGAACAUUUCAUGAUGAAACAUAUCGAAUAAAUUCAAGUCAAUUAUUAUUUUCAGAUGAAUGUCGUACCAAUAGUUUAAGAAAUUCAACUAAAUCGGCAAAUUUAAUUGUUCAAGAAAAUCGACAAAAAGCAGCGAAAAUGCUUAUAUCUGUUGUAAUUAUUUUUGCUAUUUGUUAUAUUCCGGUGCAUGUUUUUAACUUAUUUAGAUAUAUUUAUGUCUAUUUUGAAUAUAUUAAACAAGCACGAAUAAAUGAAAAAUCUGAUGAAAAUAUGGAAUGUUUUAAACCAAAAUUAGUUUAUCUUGAACGUACUGGUACAAUAAAAAUUGUUACAAUAAGUGCAUUAAUAUCUCAUUUUCUUCCUUAUUUCAAUUCAUCAAUCAAUCCAAUUAUAUAUAAUAUUAUGAGUGAUAAAUUUCGUCUCAAAUUUCGUGAACUAUUUUCAUCAUGUUGUUGUCGUUAUUGUUGUUGUUGUUGUAAACCAAUUCCAAGAAUGAAAUCAACAUCAUCAGCAAUCAUACAAUUUAAACCAUCAGGAUUAAUACAACAUUCAAUUAUUUCAACAAAUAUUAAUCGAUCUUCAAUGAAACAUCAUUAUACACCAAAUUCAACGAAUAUAUUAAAUAUUAGCAGUAGAGGUGUUUAUUUGAUUUGUAUCGGUACAUUGUUUAGUAGUACAAAAAUUAAUAGUCAACCGGUGAAUUUUGAUUUUGAUCCAAAAUUGGAAACAGGUUAUUAUCCAUUUCCUGAAAUGAGUCGUUUUCUUAAUUCUCAUUCACGUAUUCAUCGACAAUCUUCUCGACCAUCCUAUUCAUUUCUUGGAUAUAUUUGUAGUAUGGCUAAUCAUGAAAAUAAAAUUGAACAAAUGUUAGAUAUAUUUGGUAGAAAAUAUACAGCAUUAUUAAUGACUAUAAUUGCACAAGAUUGUCCAAAAUAUAUAAUCAACGAAAUAAAUGAACAAUAA